AUGAACAUAACCCAUUUGAAUCUUAUGAGACAACCAAGCACUUCAAUGACAGAUAACGAUUCACUUAAUAUGGCAACAAAAGUUCGUUUUGUGUCAAAUUUAUUGGAUGGUCAUCUGUGUUCUGAUGUAUUAACUCCUCCUUCUUUGUCAAAACUUACGUCUUUGUCAACUGGAGAUCACUCAAUAUCACCGGACACUGGCACUUGUCUUGAUUUGAAAAACUUCUCCAUUGGUGAUAGAGUUUAUUUAAAUAAGGCUAAACAACGCGGUACAAUUGCUUAUAUCGGUCCUACACACUUUGCUGCUGAAGAUCUUGUUGGUAUUGUGUUAGACUCAAACUGUGGUAAGCAUGAUGGAAGUAUAAAUGGGAUAAGAUACUUUCAGUGUGCAGCGAAACGUGGUGUAUUUUGUCCUAUCAAUGAAUUAUCACCACUGGAUCAUAAGAAAACGUCGGGAAAUUCCAGACCAAGACAUUACUGUGAGAAUGAGCAAUCACGGAAUUAUAACGUCUAUGUUUCUGAUAAAAGGAAAUCAAACAGUCUUUCCCUGAAAAGUUGUCGUGGUCAAUUUGAUAGGACUGAUAGAAAUUAUCAUUCAUUUCGGUCGCCUAGCAUUUUGAGAUCGGACAACUUUUCCACUCAACACACUGGCAGACUUCAAAGAUCUUGGUCAGAAAGGUGUAAAUUCUCUGGAAAAUCGUGGAAAGAUUCAUUGUCCAUUACUGAUGAUCGGAUGUUUGAACCUAAUGGUCCACCGAAAGGAGUAAAUAGAAUUCACCGAAGCAACACUUUGCCAGGAAAUGCUUGCAGAGAUUCACAAGAUCCUUCGAUAUCUACUGCCCGUUUUUUGCGUGGAGGCAGUCUACCAAGAUUAAAAGAAGACAACCGUGUGAAAAAAAGUAUUCCGUUCUCUGAAAUUAGCUCAACCUCAGCAUCAAAAUUAUACGAUAAACGUCAUCGUAAUUUUCAUAGGAGAAACGCAAAGGUAGAUAAGCUGAGGAGUUCUUCAAAUUCUUACACGGACAUUAAUCAAUCCCUAAUUAAUCCACCAUUUAGAAAUUCCCUAAGACUUAUCAAAUUAAACAGACUGAACAGAUAUUCAUCUGGACAAAUAAUUAAAACUGAUGAUCAAAACAACUCGGCCGGUUUCUCAUACCAUCCACCAGAAGCAGAUAAAACAUGCAGCGAUAAUGAAUUAUUUCUGGUAAACAGUGUUAUCAGCUGUGCUCAAGAGCGACUGAGUGAAUUGCAAAAUCAAGUUUUACAAUAUCAUGCAUACAAUGUAAAGUUAUUAGAACAGUUAACACAUAUCAAAUCAUGUCAAAAUGAAAUAUCACAUAAGCUUGAAGAAAGGUGUAGAAAUGAUGUCUUACAAUCACAGCAUGCAUACCAACGACAACGUGGACGGAUAAAAGAUAUCAAGAGUAAACUUCUGCAAGAAUAUACAAGAUCUAGGAAUUUAGUAGUACAGUUUCAUAAUUUAAGGGUGCCUAUCAAGUAUACAUCUCCAAGGGAAUCAAUAAAUAAUCUUGAAAAUAAUUGUUACAGUCCAGAGAACAACAGUAUCGGUUGUAUUAACAUUUCUAGUAAUGAUAGAGAUGAUUUGAACAAAUAUAACAACAACAUUGCCCUCACAACUUUUCAUCCCAUCGAAGGUAUUGGUAAUAUUGUACAUAGCAGAAAAAUAACUUGCAAUACACUUACUCCUGAAAGUCUAGUGAACAGUAGCGUAAACACUGGACAGGAAAUUAUGAAGCUCAGGAAACAAAAACUCAUAAUUUAUGAUGCUUAUCAGUGUCAUUACCAAAACAUAAUGAAACGAUUAAUGGCUUACCAAAGAACUGUUACUAAACAAGUUUAUAGCUUCAGCGUAUGCAAUCACAAUGAAAAUCAGGAGAGCUCGUCGAAUUCAUACAAGACAAUGUGUACUGAACACCAGGUGAUGCUGAAUAUGGUAAAGGAAAGAAAUUGUAAACUAUCAAUGGAACUCAGUGUUCUGAAUGCUGAGAUAUUACAUUUAAGCAAUCGACCAGAGAGGCAGUUGUAUGACUUCCUGAAGCAAUUAGAUUCAUGCAAAAGUACCAAUGAUAGACUUCAUCAAACAAUUCAAGAUUUAGAGGAACAAAUUGCAAAAAUUCAAAAAGAUUUAGAAGACGCUAAAAAAAAGCUGAAUAAGGAGGAUGUCAUACAUUUGACACUUAUGAGAAUGAAUCUUCGUAUUCAUCAGCUUAAACAAAUGGAGAUUAGAGCUCGAAGUCUUCAGAAUGACCAAUGUAUGAGUAUACAGACUAAAGAAAAAGAAUUAACUGAAGCGAUGAAUAAAAUGGAUUUACUAUCACAAGCCUGGGCGAAUGAAAGACAGGCAAAGAUUACAUCUGUUCAGAAAUUACGCGAAAAUCUAAAGUCAUUAUCUGGUGAACCGCUUAAGAUAUACAUUACAGAUAAAAUGAAUCAUGUUAUUUAUGAUGGUGGUGCACGAAAUAACGGCAUACAAACAUCGGAUACAGAGACCCCAGUUCUGCCAAAUUCAUUAUUUAGUGCUUUGUGCAAAGAAAUCCGUCGUCUGCAAUCACGUUCAGUCAGCCUAGUUGAAGCAUUGGAUUUAUUGAGCGCAGGAAAUUAUAAUGCAGAAAAGUUAGAUCAUAUAAAAAGUCUUGUACUUACAUCAAACGCAUCAAAAAAGAUAAAUAAUACUGCGAUUAGUACAAAGGCUAACAGUUACAACAGUUAUGAUACAAAGUUGCACAACAGUGUUCGUUCUUUUAAAUUCCGUAACAAUUCAAAGGUGUCAGGCAUCUCUUGUUCAGUCAAAAGUUAUUCAGAUAUGCUCCCAACCUUAAUACAAAAUAAACAAAUAUCAGUAGUUGAUAAUCGUUCACAUAGAAUAACAUCAUUUAGACAUUCUGAUCAUGAUCAGAAGUCUAAACAUACAGCUAUGCAAGAACCUACAAAGGGGAAGAUUUCUGUCCCAUCUUCUGUAGAUGGUUUACGAUUGGAAACACGAGUUUCAACUUCGGAACAGGAACAACAACAAACAGAACAACAACUAUCAAAUCACUUAGAAUUAGAUGUUUUCAAACAACAGCGAAUGCUGUUACAGCAAUGUCAAGAACAACAACGGCAGCUACAACAACAGCAACUACAACAAUUACCUCACCACAGUUUAGCUUUAUCUUUCAGUCCACGUGUACAACGUCGACCAGUUUCUUUUUAUUUAAGUCGAAGUUUAGACAAAUUUAUCAAGCAUCCAAUUCCAGAAGCUGAUGAAGAAGAAGGACAAGACGAUGAGGAGGAGGAAGAGGAAGAAGACGAAGAAGAUGUAAAGGGGGAAGAAGGAUGCAAAAAAGAGAAAAAAGAACAUUUUGACAGUCAUACGAAGCGUAUUCAUGAGAAAAUCGGAACAGAAAAUUUAAAUGAAUCUAAUAUGGUAUUAGUUGAAAGUCACUCGUAA